AUGGGGAUCAAAGUCCACGGAGGUGUAUUUUCAACCGCUACUAUGCGAGUUUUCGCUUGCCUCAAUGAAAAAGAGAUUCACUUUGAGUUUACCGCCGUCGACAUGCGUACCGGCGAGCACAAAAAGGAACAUUUCCUUUUGCGAAAUCCAUUUGGUAAACUACCAGCCUUUGAAGAUGGAGAUCUGAAGCUUUUUGAAUCAAGGGCAAUUACCAAAUAUAUUGCAUCCACACACUCACAUAAGGGGACCCAGCUGGUGAUUGAGGACCCAAAGAAGAAGGCAAUCAUGUCUGUGUGGAUGGAAGUGGAGGCACACCAGUUUGACCCACCAGCUUCCAAGCUCACAUGGGAGCUUGCUCUAAAGCCACAAUUUGGCAUGGUAACCGAUGAAGCAGUGGUGAAGGUGCAUGAAGUUGAGCUGGCAAAGGUUCUUGACAUCUAUGAGGCUCGUUUGUCUGAGUCAAAGUACUUGGGUGGAGACUGCUUCACCUUGGUAGACCUACACCACCUUCCUACCAUGCACUACUUGAUGGGUACUAAAAUUAAGGCACUGUUUGGUUCACGCCCCCAUGUGAGUGCUUGGUGUGCUGAGUGCUUGGCAAGGCCAGCUUGGUUGAAGGUCGUUGCCAUGCAGAAAAAGGAGUAAUAAGCUUGCUUGUAUAAUACCUAAACCAUUAUCCU